GAGAUAAGGGGAGGGGUGGAGGCGUUCGAGGCCAGAGACACGUACGGUUCGAUCAGAACGGUAGCGGCAGCGGCUGUCGGAGCGGCGACGGGGCGCUUCUCUGUGGCGGAUUGUGUUUUGACAUUGAGAAUUGCACCUCACCAAUAAGUGCUAUGGAUGUUUUCAACAGGAACAUAAAUUUUGAUGCCCUCUUCAAGUUCUCCCACAUCUCUGCAUCAACCCAGCAGCACCUGAAGAAGGUCUACGCCAGCUUUGCAUUAUGUAUGUUUCUAGCGGCAGGUGGGGCUUAUCUCAAUGUGGUAACUCGGCUGGUGCAGUUUGGAUUGCUGACUGGCCUGGGAGCAUUAGGCCUUAUGAUUUGGCUGAUGGCCACACCCCACAGCCGAGAAACUGAAGAGAAGCGGCUGGCUAUGCUGGCAGGCUUUGCUUUCCUCACUGGAGUCAACCUGGGUCCUCUGCUGGAGAUGUGCAUUGCCAUCAAUCCCAGCAUCAUCCCAACUGCUUUCCUGGGCACAGCAGUGAUCUUCAGCUGCUUCUCCCUGAGUGCUCUCUUUGCUAAGCGUCGUGCCUACUUGUAUCUCGGGGGCGUCCUGUUCUCCGGCCUCUUCUUGAUGCUGCUGUUCUCCCUGGUCAACAUUUUCCUGGGGUCAACUUGGCUCUUCACAGCUAAUCUCUACAUUGGACUUAUGGUUAUGUGUGGCUUUGUGCUGUUUGACACUCAGCUCAUCAUUGAGAAGGCUGAGAAUGGAGACAAGGACUACAUCUGGCACUGUGUGGAUCUUUUCCUGGAUUUUGUUAACAUCUUCCGGGAGCUCAUGGUCAUCUUGGGCAUGAAUGAGAACAAGAAGAAGAAAGAAAAAUGAAGUAAAACCAGAUGCCUGUGUGGAGACUCCUGUUUCUUUCCCCCUUUUGCCUCUUUCUUGCUUCCACCCAACUUGAUCUGCAUUAAAGGUGCCCCCUGUUCUUCCGUGUGAAUGAGAAGCAUCUGUGACAUUUUCAUACUUUGUGGAAAUUGGAUUUUUUUUCUUGGUUUUUGAGCCUCUUGAAAAAGCUAACUGGCUGAUCCUAAUGCUGGAGUCUGGCUUUGCCCCACUUCAACAUAAACACAUAACCCACUUCCCUCUUCUGACCAUCAGGGGCUAUGUUCAUAUCUGUAUUAUUGUUAAUGACCUGGCGGUUUUCACUGGGGUAGGUUAAGUCCCUUCCGCUUUUCUGUCCACCUCCAAUCUCAUUCCAGUUGCAGUGAGAGCAGAGUGGGGGAGAACUUGCUGGUGUUGGUGAUGCUCUGGAAUUGCUGUUGAAACAUUUGCCUGAUAACAAGCCAGACUUGUCUGCGGGGCUUUUAAAGAGAUGGAUGUUGCUCAAGCUACUUCCUCUCAGAUGGGUGGAGGGGAUUGGGGGGGAAGAGAGGUACAAAGCA